AUGGCUGAAUCUCCUGAAUAUCCGUCUACGCUAGAUAGCGCCUUCGAUGGCGCAUCUCCUGUCAAGGACCGCUUCGAUCCGAUCCGGUUGACGACAAGCAACAUCGUCCCAAUCAUCAACCUGCCCCUCUCUCAGAAGGUGUUGGGUCAUGAGUCGAGCGAGGCACUUGCGCAAGUCGCAAGCGGUGAUAUUUCCUACACCGAUUUUGUGGCAGAGCAGGCUCGCUCCGUUCUCCAGUCAAACGAUGAUCAAUCUACCGAACAAAAACAAUCACAACUGCUGCAUCUCGGUCUAGCAGCUCUGUUCGCCUUCUUGCAAUCCAACGUCACCGGACCUCCCCUCGAAUUCAGCUCGGCCGAAGCCAUUUUCCCAUCCUCUCUCCGAAGUGAACACCAGACCCUCCGAGCUGUGCGGGCAAAGAUCAUCAGGGAUCUCUCGGUGGAUGGAGAAGCGGCCUACAGGCUCACACCCAACCCAGAACUGUUCGCUGUCGCCAAGGCCUUGUUGUCUGAUGCAGCUACCGAUGGGCCACUCCAUGCUAAGACUGCACGCAUGCGUGCUAACUUCCUCCACCAAAAGAUGCUCUCGGAGGUUACAAGUAGUUUGCAAGAUGUGAUCUACAAAGAUGUUGAAGCUUUGGAGAAGGCCGAGUUGACUGCUGACGAGAGGGGUCGAUUCCUGCUGGAAAGAGCCAUCAUCCACACCCACCAUAGCUUUGACGCCAAGGCUCGCGAAGAUAUUGACGAAGCGGCCAAGGUGCGGAGGUUCGAGUUUGCCUUGACUGGUAAGAUGGGUAAGCGCACAAAGUUCCAAGAUCGGGAUAUCAGUCAACUGGUUGUGCUCGCCAAGAGUGCUGAUGAGACAUCACUGGCCUCUGAGCCUUCCGGGCCCAAGAACUUGGAUUUGAAUGACGACACACUCCUCGAGUCCAUCUCCUUCUCCGAACAAAAGCCCGAUGAAGAAUCUCUAGCAAUCCAAGACAAAGUCUCGGCUUCAUUGGAGUCCAUCGAUGCCAACAACCAGCCAAUUCUCAACCCAGUGGAUUCGGCUCUCUUGUUGGCACUAGCAUCCGCUAUUACCAACACAGCUCCUGAGAACGGUCUCACUCGUGAAGAAACAAACCCUUAUGCUACCCGUGUCCUCGAUGGCGGUAGCUCCAACUGGCAAAUUUACACACAGGCCCUCUUGGUGCGCAGUCGUGUAGAGGGCUACCGAUCACGUACAGUCGAGCGAGCCGUACUGCAGAUGCAGGCUUUGGUCGACCAGGUCAUCGCUGAUACCGCGACCAGUGACGACGCAGCUCAAACCGAGUCGGGCGAGCCUUCAACUUUCUUGCCGCGCCCCGAACAAUCCGAAUCUGCUCCUGCUGCUGAGCGACUCGAACACAUUUGGAUCCUGAACUUCUCGACUCGCUGGAGUCUCGAGGCUGAACUCGCCAAGCGCUGGGUCGACCUCGGUGGUCUGCGCACUGCACUCGAGAUUUACGAGCGACUUCACCUUUGGGCUGAAGCCGCCCUUUGCUACGCCGCCACCGAGCGUGAAGGGAAGGCAAAGGCACUCAUCCGUCGCCAACUCUACGAGGCUACCGGCCCGGAUGAGAACGACGAAAAUGAACUCUUCGAGGGACCCGAGCGUUCGCCAUUGCCCGCAGACGCACCACGCCUGCUUUGUAUCCUGGGAGAUAUCAACAAGGACGAGAAGAUGUACGAGCGCGCAUGGGAAGUGUCUGGUGAGCGAUACGCUCGCGCCCAGCGCUCCCUGGCCCGCCACUAUCUCACUUCUUCUCCUCCCGAGCUGGAGAAGGCCGAGGCCGCAUACAAGAAGAGUCUACACAUCAACCGCCUUAACCAUGGCGCCUGGUUCGCUCUCGGAUGUGUGCAGCUUGAACUCCAGAAGUGGCAAGAAGCCACCGACACAUUCACCCGCACUGUUCAGCUGGAUGACACAGAUGGUCAAGCGUGGAGUAACCUUGCUGCAGCAAUGCUUCGGACCUCUGCACCAGAGCCCACUCCCGAUACAGUCGAUGAAGUCACUGGAGAGACCCCUGCUGACGUGGACCCUCACAAGCGCAAGCGUGAGGCACUUUCCGCGCUCCAGCGCGCUGCCCAGCUCAAGGGCACUGAUGCCCGCAUUUGGGAUAACGUUUUGACCGUUGCUGCAUCCAUUCCACCACCCGCCACACCCUUCCGCGAUGUCAUCACCGCACAAAGGCGUAUCAUUGAGCUGAUUGGCGCAAAGAGCGGAGAGAAGUGCGUCGACGUGGCUAUUCUGGGCAUGUUGGUCGAUUUCCUCAACACCGCUUUCGCCUAUGAAGACCUGCUCAUCCGCUCCGACGAUGAGUCCGAAGCCCCAAUUGUUCGCACCGGUACUAUCCCCGGUCAAAUCCUUUCUCUGGUCGACAACAAUGUGGUCCCACUCAUCACGCACUCAGCCAUUCUGUGGCAAAUCGUUGCUCGCGUUGAAGUGUUCCGUGAUCGUCCAAGCAAGGCAUUUGAUGCUCACGAAAAGGCCUGGCGCGCGACUGUGGCUGCCAAUGCUCAGGGUGCAUUCCAGAUGGGAGACGAGAAGCCCUGGCUUGAGGUUGUGCGUGCCACAGAGAAGCUUGUGCGUGAAGGAUAUGCCAAGUUCGGCCCCAUGGAUCGGGAAGGUCAGAAGCUUGAGGGAGAUCAAGAAGCCGAGCUCGUUGCCAAGGACUGGCGCUUCAAGGCCAGAAGUGCUGUCCGAGGUAUUUUGGGCAAGGGUAAGGACUUCUGGGACGGAACUGAGGGCUGGGAUCGUCUGAAGGAGUUGCAAUCCGAGGUUACCGGAAACUAG